AUGAAUUACAAUCAACAACAAUAUUUGAACGACUACCUCGUAGAGGCAAACCCUUUAUCCGAUCCAAACGUCUUUAAGACUAGUAACAUGACAGAUACUUCCAGUUCCAAUAACUCUCAACUACCAACUAAUAAUAAUAAUAAUGACGCCAUUAAUGGAAAUAAUAACAAUAAUGCUCAGUCAGAAAACGUAACAAAUUCAAGUAUAAGUCCCACGGAUAAUAGUAAUAAUAACAUUCCUGAUGAGAUUGGAAUGGUAUCACAGGGACAACUGUCUAACGGGUUACCUAUUUCUAUAAACACAGCUAAUGCAUCAUAUCCACCCUCUACUAGUAAUAAUACUGGUGGGUCAAAUAGUUCUGCUACACGUAUUGGAAGAUCAGGAGCGGGAAUUAUUGAUGGGAAUCCACAAAAUACAAAAAUGAAUAUGAAUAUUCCAAUGAAUCAAAUGCCUAAUAAUAUUACCGAUAAUAAUAGCAAUACUAAUGGUGUUGGUAUGAAUCGUUCUGCAAGUAUAGGAACAAUUUCAAAUAAUGUUAAUAAUGGUAAUUCUGAAAAUGGCAGAUUAACUGGAAAUGGUAUCUCUCAGGGUAAUAAUCCAUCCUACCCCAAUGAUAGUUUAAUGGAAGCUAAUGAAAUGAAUUAUAUAAAUGCAAAUACAAACAAUAGACAAUUAUACCUCAUGAAUAUGGCAAAUAAUCCACAUUUGAUGAAUGAUGCUUCUAUUCAAGAAACUUUAUCUCCAUACUUUCAACCAUUUGGUGUAGAUGUUGCCCAUUUACCGAUGACAAAUCCUCCAAUUUUUCAAAGUUCUUUACCGGUGUAUGAUGAGCCUGUCCCAAAAAGGCGUAUAUCUAUCUCUAAUGGACAAAUAAGUCAAUUAGGGGAAGAUAUCGAGACUGUAGAAAACUUAUACAAUACUCAACCUCCACCGUUGCCUAGGUACCAUGAUAACAACCAUUCUUACCAAAAUGUAAAUAAACAGAUGGUUCCACCUGGUUCAAAUGCAGUACAACAAUCUUCAAAUGGAUCUUUUCUUCCUCCUGCUCCUCAACAACAACCAGUUAUGUCUAAUAAUGGUAUCCAUCAGAGACAGGGUUCUAUCACUAAUAUGAUGUACACUAAUGGUGGUAUGGCUCCAUCUGACCAGACUAUUCGCCUUCAAUACCAACAGAGGAUCCCACAACAACAGCAGCAGCAGGUAUUACAACCAUCCAUACGACAAUCACUGAAUCAACAAAUGAAUCCAACUUACUCACAAGCAAUAAAUUAUAGGGGUGAUAGCAACCAAACAGUCCCCAUCAAACAGCAACUUCAGGAAAAUAUCGUACCGUCAACAGCACCAGGACAAUUGGAACAUCGUAAUUCUCUUUCUCAAUCCGAUUCGAAAUAUUCUAAUCAAAGGGUAAAGCAAGAAUGUGCAGAUGAUAGCGAUGCUUCAUCUAUUCCUCCACCACAAAAACAAUCCAAAUAUAAUUCUUAUGGUAUGUAUGAAAGAUCUGCGGAGGCAACUCCUGGGACCACAGCGUGGAAGAGAGCAAGGCUGUUGGAAAGAAAUAGGAUUGCUGCAUCGAAGUGUAGACAACGUAAGAAAGUUGCCCAAUUACAGCUACAAAUCGAUUACGAUAAGAUUAACAAAGAAAAUGUGGUUUUAGAGAAGAAAUUAAUAUAUUACGAGAAACUCAUUUCGAAAUUCAAAAAAUUCACAGAAUCUCAUUUCAAUACAUGUCACAAGACUAGCAAUAGUGUCAAUGAUGAUGACAAGAAUGCACUAAAGAUCAUACAGGAGAUGUUGAUGAUUGACGAAGACAUUCAUGAGGUUAAUGAUAAUGGGAAAAUAAUAAAAUUAAGUGUGAAAGAUCCACCUUCGGUUCCAAUAACUCCGAGUCAAUUAGCCGAUGGAGCUAUUAUAUCUGAUGGAGAAACCGAUUAA